AUGGCGGAUGAAUGUCUCCACUCUGUGCAGCUCGAGCUCGAGGCCGUGGGAAAGCAGAUUCGCGACCUGGAGGUAAGGCAGGCCCAGCUGAGAGAGCGGAGAACCGCGCUGGAAUCAUCCCGGGCUGACGCUCACAAGUCCGGGGUAAGUAUACAGCGAUCUGUUAACAGUCCCACCACGUCUACUCCGUGUGUUUCUCUGCACAGGCCCGGUGCACCCAGGACGCGAUCUUCCCAGAUGUCCUUCACUGCGACGCCGGGACACCACGGACCCUGGGUGCAUCCACAGCGGAGGACGCGAGCCGGGUCCCGGGCGACGACUUCUCCCCCUCCUGCCUUCGACAUCUCCAUCCGGAACCGCUUCGCUCCCCUCCGCGAGACAGGACGCGACGCUGUGAUCAUCGGAGACUCCAUCGUCCGACACAUACCCGCGAUCCUGAAGGUCGACGAGAGCCCCAGAGCGGUCGUGCUUCACGCCGGGGUUAACGACACCACGCUGCGGCAGACGGAGACGCUGAAGAGGGACUUCAGCAGCCUGAUCGAGACGGUUCGCAGCACGACGCCCACGGCGACGAUCAUCGUGUCAGGACCACUGCCCACGUAUCGACGAGGACACGAAAGGUUCAGUAGACUUUUUGCUUUAAAUGAAUGGUUGUUGUCAUGGUGUAAAGAACAGAAACUGCUAUUUGUUAAUAACUGGAAUCUUUUCUGGGAGCGUCCUAGGCUGUUUCGCGCUGAUGGAUUACACCCCAGCAGAAUCGGAGCGGAGCUGCUCUCUGACAACAUCUCCAGGACACUUCGCUCCAUGUGACUAGUAAGACAAUUCUCUAAUAACUAUUAUGAUGAGUUUUGUUCCACCCGCUUAAAUGAUAAAAGUACUUGUGCUGUAAAAACUAUUAAGACUGUGUCUGUUCCCCGAAU